CCUUCCAACAUCAGGUGUGCGCAGAUAUAUAAAGGCAGUGUUGGGUGCGUUCUGGUAGUCUUGUACAUCCAGUCACUAGCGAGGGAGCUCCACCUCACCCAAUCUCCAUCAUGAAGUUUGUGCUGACGCUGGCGCUGCUGAGUCUGACGAACGGCCGAAGCUUAUUCGAUGGAGGAGACCUGGCCGGAGACGACGACGGGGACAGCUUCCUCCAAGCUGGGUCCAUAGCGGAAGUGGAAAGCCCUGAUCAGCCGUCGGCAUUCCAUGACGAGGGUUCGCCACUCUCCCCAGAGUCCGCAACCGCCCUGGUCCUGCCUACAGCAUACAGGUCGUUGGACCUUGACAAUGAGGGACAAGAGCUGCAGUCUUCUUUCCACGAAAAGGGCUCUCCACUGUCUCCUGAGUCUGCGACUGCUUUGGUCCUGCCUACUGCAUAUAGGAAGGUUGAUCUCCAGUCAGAAGAACCCGACAUACCAUCCUCAUUCCUUGAGAAAGGUUCACCUCUCUCGCCAGAGUCUGCCACAGCGCAGGUCCUUCCUACAGCGUAUAGGGCGGUAGAUCUUGACCUACACGAACACGAUUUGCCGUCCUCCUUCCUUCAAAGGGGUUCACCUCUCUCGCCAGAGUCUGCCACAGCUCAGGUCUUGCCCACAGCAUACAGGGCGGCAGAUUUUGACUCAGACGUAGGGGGCUUGCCGUCUUCCUUCCUUGAGAAGGGUUCACCUCUCUCGCCAGAGUCUGCUACAGCCCAGGUGCUGCCCACAGCGUAUAGACACCUUGACAUUAGCGAUGACAGGCGUUGAACCUUUUUCAACGGUUUGGUGACGAAUCUAAGCAAUUAGAAAAUGAUAUGCGUGUAUAUUAGUAACAUAACUCUAUUAAAAAAAUUAUAUUAAA